AUGAUUCAUUAUAACUCUAUUGACCUCCCUUAUUUUGACACAAAUGCUGCCGAACAUAGGGACUUGCAUAUUUCCUUAUCUCGCUUAAGAUACUUGAAGGUGACAAUGCAAGAAUAUUUGAAGCUGACAGUACAAUAUGAUUCAGAUGAUUCAAAUGAUGAUUCAGAUAAUGAUACUGAUUUCGAGACUGGAAUUUUUGUUAACACAUCAAUACCUGUGUUUUUGGUGGGUUUCAACUUUGGUUCACGAGAGGCUGCUCAAUUGGCUGCGUUGGAUACUGGUUGCAAUCUGCUUUGUGUUCAGUGCAAACUUGAUAGAGGCGGCAAUAGGACAUUCUAUAGAAACUAUUGGCCUGCGGAGUCUUCAACAUAUUCUGUUAAUGUGAGGUGCGUGGACUUUUAUUCUUCUACUCCAUUGACAUGUAUUCCAACACCCACUCUCUGCUGGUAUUUAUUGAAAUAUUUGGGUGAAGUCAUUGUCCGUGGAAAUCCUGCAUUUGAACGAUUUAUUUACGGUUCAUCAUUUGACAAUCAACCAGCGCAUGAGUUAAAUCCGUUAUUUGGAUGGAUAAAAUCCGGAGGAGUUGAGUUUUCAACUCCUCUUAUAAUUAGGGAGUUUGAUUACUACGUAAAUCUUGAAGGCAUUAGUUUUGGGGGUAGGAUGCUCGGUAUUGACAAAAAGGAUUUGAGAAUGGAUAAUUUUAAAAGUGGUGGGGGUGCAACUAUUGAUUCAGGUUCAGGUUUGAGUUUCCUUUGA